ACGCUGGGAAAAAGGAAUGCCAACAUGGACCCGUGGCAAGGACGGGAUGUGAGCGUGCUACGACAAUAACACGACGGAGGAAAACAGAAACGCGGAAAAUAGAAGAACCCCUUCGACGGUGCGGCUCGUUCUCCACCGAGUUACUGCAGUACAUUCACGGUUUCCGUGAUCCCUCUUCUGGAUAGUGUUUCCUCAACAGCCUCUCCUCUGCGUUUGGCCUGGAUCAAUGGUGUCUCUCAGCAGCAGAACGCUGAGUUUGGAGAAUGACCUGUUCAGGGACAGCAGCAGCCUGUUCUCCCUCGGCCUGGGAGACAGCGAGGGGGGCAGCUCGGCCUCCUGCGACAGCCCCGACGCCGGGGAGCUGGGGGCGAUGCAGGAGGAGGAUGAGGAGGAGGAAGAAGAAGAUGAUGAUGAGGACGAGAAGAUGAGUCUGCACAUCUUUCUAGGAGGAGCGGAGGAUGGCGAUGAGGAGGAACCUGCGAGUCACGAGCCUAAACUGCCAGAUUUCCCUUUCCAUCCCUCUUCCCCGUUUUCUCCCACGCUGGAAGACAUCGAGGAGUUCUUGAGGGAAAAGAUGGAACUUGUCAAAGAGGGUCUUCUUGUCCCAAAAGACGAGGGUCUUCUUCUUAUUCCAAAAGAAGAAGCUUCCCCUCUGCCAUGCAGUGACUCUCCAUCCUCCACUUUGACCCCCGAAGCCUCCUCAGACACUUGCCGUGAUCAAGGGAAGGUUGCUUCUCAUUGCACUUCAAGUUUCCCUAAAAAGGAGGAAAUCAGCGCAGAAGACCACUCCCCUUCUGCUCAACGUAACCCCUCACCUUCCUCCCAAAUGCUCCUUGGUGCCCCGUUGGUUCUGCAGCUACAGCCCCUAUCUCCAACCCCCGCUGGCUCUCCUCCAGGGGCCCAAAGUGGCAUCUGGCUCACUCAUCUGGUCAUGGGCCUCCAGGGUGCAAGAGGACAACAUGUCACCCUGCUGAACCCCACCACCACCACCACCUUGUUGUCUCUAAACAGCGGAGACAACAAGUCAGCUGACCAGAAGUACGUGAGGAUCGCCCCCCUGCCCUUCACUAUGAGGACUCUAGAGAUCAAGGGCCUGACGGGGGUUGGGGGUCAGGGCACUGAACUGUUGAAGGCCAUGACCCCCCGGGUGAGCAGACUGCCCCCCACAGAGAGGGUCCACAAGUGCUCCCACCCAGGCUGCGGGAAGAUGUACACCAAGAGCAGCCAUCUGAAGGCUCACUUCCGACGGCAUACGGGAGAGAAACCGUACACGUGUAGCUGGCCCGACUGCGGCUGGAGGUUUUCCCGAUCUGACGAACUUUCCCGCCACCGCCGCUCUCACUCCGGCAUCAAGCCGUACGAGUGCUCCCUCUGCGAGAAGAAGUUUGCCCGCAGCGACCACCUGUCCAAACACACCAAGGUCCACCGCAGCUCCAGACCCGGCAGGAUCCUCAAGGCCACCAUGUGACGCUCUUUAGCCUAAACAGCCUCGAGGGGGGGGUCCGGGUCUCCCUCAGGAUAUUUUUGGUGCUUCACAAGCAGAACUUUUAAAAGAAUUGUGAGAGCUGGACGCUGUUUCUUCCCCUCCUCCUAUUUGUCUUUCUCUCCCCCCCUGCUGUUUAAAUGUCACUGUUCCUUCUGAGCAGCUCAUCUGAUUCUCCUCAGGAAACCCCCAUCUGAAAGUGGAUUUCCUGGCACACAAUGCAAAACACCUAACAGGAGACAGUUUUUACAGGGGCCCCUCUUGCAAACCACUCAAGCUAACCUACUAUCUGCUGUUCAAGAAGUAACAAGCAAUAGGAGUGUCUGUAACUCUAUAAUCCUCUUUUUACUUCCGUGAUUCUUUUUCGAAGCCAAACUUCAGGGUCCAUGGAUUAAGCAUUCAUUUUUAUACGCUGUUGAAAGGAAAUUUUAAUCUUCAUGUGUCUCAUCAUACGACAUGUUAAAGUGGCAGAGCGUGACAGCCAUCACAUGAGGGUGACAUUCUGAUGAAAUCUCCCCUAAACGCUUUCCCACUUCCCGCUGAAUGAACUCUUGAUAUUAGGAGAAAAUGCGGAGACAUCGUCAGACUUACAUUUUGGCCAAACUGAGAAAACUUCCGAUGUUGAACGCAUCCCAUCCUGGCCUUCGUUGCACUCGUCCAAUCAUAAUCCACCUCGUUUGACCCCGUAUGCCUUUUCUCUCAGCCCCGGUUCACUCUAAUCUCUAUUGAUGCCUUUGUACAUAUCACAAAACCACCUCACUUGAUCCUACUCUUAUCAUAUGACUGCUCUUAUUUGACUGUGAUUGGGAACUGGGGAGUUGACAAACCUGAAAACCCUGUUCUGGCCCAGCUAGAGCAUGAAACGACACCCACGACAGUUUUUAAGCUCUUUUGUUCUGGGAAAUUCUCUCGCAACCAUUGUGCAGCCGACUUCUGUCUGGCUUGAACAAUUACUACUACUACUGUUAUGUUUUGGCUCAACGGUGCAAAAGUGAGGCAAAACAGUGCUCUUCCUGAGUAACAGUAGCAGUUACUAUAAUACAUGUAUGUUGGUUAUAGCAGCAAGAAAAGCUAAUAUUUUAAACAGCUGGAUAGGCAGCUAACAUCUACUUAAUCAUCUCUAUUAGCAUACUCAUACAUAUGUGUACCGUAACAUAAAAGACAAAGAUAACAUGUACAGCUUGUAGCCUUUACAUAUAGAUGUGUUUUCUUUUUUUAAAUCGAUGAGGAUUUUUCAAUCAGUGCAUUAAGCUAUUCAAAUGUGUUUCCGGAGAGAGGGUUUUUGGUAUUUUCAUGUGAGUUUGAUUGUAGCGUGAUCAAUCUGUGGAAUGUCAGACUGAUUAUGGUCUGGGAUUUGGAGUCCCAUUCAGCUGAGUCUCAAGUGCACUUGUGUUCGUGGAAAGUGAGAAAAACAGUCAUUGUGUUCUUAUGGCAGUUCCAUAACAUGUAUACCUUUGGAACGAACGGUAAAAUGCCAAAAAAAGAUUAUAAAUAUUUUCUAAGGAACUGCAAUGCAGUCACUAUUAUCAUGUGUUCUUUAAAACACGUCGAUGCUUGUAAAGCUACCACUGCUUCACAUGAAGAGACUGUAUUCAUUACGCCUCACAUAACUGACUCGUCUCUGUUGAAGCAGCACUCACUGCUACAAAAUGUAGGCUAACCUAACUUUCAUUUUUAGGGGCUUUUGGAUAAACUCAAAAGCAGAGCACUCCCUGCAUGUAGCGGUGUACAUUUACACUUCCUCCAUAUCUCUGUCUCUUAGCAUAAUGGAUACAUUAUGGUUCACUCCUGUUUGAUAAACAAACCAUGCUUAUUAGUAAGGUAGGAACCCAUUGAAGGCAGACAGGCGGGCAGACGUGUUUAUCUGUCUGAACCAAUGCUGUCUUUGUGUCUGAGCCUCCCCAGGCAGCCUCUACUGACCUACAUCCAGACCUGUGUUCCCUAAUCAUCAUCCAAUUCUCUCUAUCUAUCGCUACGUCUCUCUGUCAGUCUCUCUGUCUCCCUACUCUCUGUCAUGCCUGUUUAUCUGGUUUAACACAGGCUUUAUUUUUAUUUUAUUUUGGAAUACCAGAUAUGCUAUUUUCCUAUUUGCAAAAAUAAAAAAGCAAAAAAUGAAAUCCUU